AUGGAGAUACACGACGAGUACAAUCCGUACACCGUCGUUCAACGUCAUCAAUCGCAAUGGUUCAUGUAUGUGCCAAAUGCGCCGCCCAUGGAGGACUACGAUGCCACGAAACAUGGUAAUCUGUUUGGAUUCGACAAUGGCUCUACGUAUCUCACAGUGUCUCAUGAUGCGGUCAAUUUGAACAGCAUUCCUCCAACGGAUUCCGUGGCUAGUCUUCAAGAACGUUACGUCGUUCCCGAAAUCAUCGCAUUUUCGAGUGGAUCCGAGGUUGAUACGCGCUCGGCUGGCAAUCCGUACGCUCAUCACCCCAACUAUACAACGCCUUCUCAAUAUUUUGGACAUAUCACCGAGCCUGAGCAAAAGAAGGAAACUGAGGAUGUGCUCACGAUCAUGGACAUUCAAAAAUUGAGCGACCCAUUUGUUGAGGAGACUCCUGGAGUCAAAAUUAUGCCUCCGAAUGAUGUGACCAUCAACAAGAAGGCACUGGGAGCAGAGUCUUUGGCCGAAUUGGGACACCUCGAUAUUCAAUUUCCGGUUAAAGGAUUCGCAGGUACCGUAAUCCAAAAUGGUCUUUCUGACACCGACACCCUGAAUAAGAAGAUGUUGAGUCCGGAGUCGAUGUAUGAGCUGGAGCAAGUCAUGGAUUGUUUCAAUAUCAAGGACGAAUCAAUCAACGCAUUUGUGUUCCGCGAGUUCUCUCCCGAAACGUUGGCCGAUCUCCGUGAAAUUCGCAAUUUCUCCCAAUAUACGGAUUUCCCAGGACCAUUCAAGGACGUUCAAACUGGAAUCGGGAUGUCGCCAACACAAUCGGAACGUUUUCAGUUUGAAUGGACUGAAAAUGUGGCGUAUGGAGGGAUCUGA